CAUGACGGAGUUAAUCCUUUCUUAUCGCUGCUAUGUUUAUGGAAUAAACGCACGUUAAGUUGGUUUGCUAUAAUGUGUUCAGUAUAUUGAUACCUCCUGUCAUCUGAAUGUUACUAUAAUUCAGAAGAAAAGUUCAAGAAAAAUGUUUGACAACAAAGUGACAAGGGGAAUCACUGUCGAAUCAACGUGAUUAUUCCCGUGGCCAGGGCUGAUUACAGAAAUGGAAAGCAAGCGCACGAUUGUCAUUGCUAUAGAUGACAGCGUACAUUCGGAGUUUGCAUUUGACUUUUACGUAGACAAUGUCCAUCGCCAUGGUGAUCACAUCGUCCUUGUGCACGUGCCUGAAUAUAGCAACAUACUGUCUGCUUCUUCUCUAUUGACUGAUCCGAACAUCAUUGCUGAAAUGAUAAAAGAUACCGAAGAACGGACAAGCGAACUCGUCGACAAAUACUCGUUUAAAAUGCAACAAAAGCAGUUACACGGCCACGUGAGACAACAGUGUGGAAAGCCCGGGGAGGCGAUUUUAGAGUGUGCCAGGGAAGAGGCCGCCACCAUGUUGAUACUUGGAACUCGCGGAAUGGGAUUAAUGCGGCGGACCUUCAUGGGAAGCGUCAGUGAUUAUUGCCUCCACCACGCCUCAUUUCCCGUCCUUGUCUGCAGACAUAAACCGUUCAUAAAUGACAAAUAAUGCUCAUAUCUAUAUAAAAUUAUAUACUAUCCAAGCUUCAUAUGGCUACUUCUAUACAACAUAAGUGCCGCGGUAAACGAGAUUUAACAUUAAUACUAUAUUUGCUUUUGUAAAACCAUCAGCUGAACGGGUAUAUCAAGCAAAAAUGUUGAAGAGAAAUCUUACAGAGCGUAAUUUGAGAGCGACACGUGCUUUGCAUUAGUGGCAAGGUGCUCUGACCGUUCAAUGGUAGCGUCGGCGGAAAAAAUGAGUUUUAUUACAAACUAUCUACAAUGCAUAGUCGUUCAUGUCAUUUAAGUGAACUACGUGAAGCACAAACUACAAUACCUUGCAAAUGCUCUAUACCGCAGUUUUGAUACAAAUGAAAACACGGCAUUUAUGGAUUAAAUACGUACAACUUGCAAAACAUAAUUUACGGAUGUACCUUGGAAAACUGGAACGGCAGCUCUCCUUUGUUCAUUUAUUUAUCAUUUACUGAGCUCGUUCUUAAUGCCAAAGACGUGAAAAUGGACAAAACAGUUAUUAGUUAAGACUUUGUCUUCUCGGAAGUAUGUAAAUACUGUGUCUUUGUUGCUUCGUGUGUCUUGACAAUCGAAAUAUAGAUUUCCAUUGUGUUCUUUUCACAUUUUUGUAUACAAAAGCGACAACACAGUCAGGCAAUCUGAUUACAUAGCAUACGUUUCUACUCUCCUGCGAAUUCCUCGUCUGUGGCUUCGAUUUUGAGAAUUGUAAUAAACUGACAUGAAACACCCUCGAAAUUGUUUUCUAGGUUAAAUUGUUUCCUUUUUGUAGCGAAUAUAAUGUUCAUCGGGUGCGGAAUGACCUAGUGGGUAAAAGCCGGGCGCCUUUAAUAAAUAAUUUCCUAUUGAAGUAUGAUUCAGAGUACCAAUAUACGUUGUAACAUUAUAAUUAAAUGUUGAAAUUGCUUAACCAAACAUCUAUUUUAAAACAUAAUGUUGAAAUUUUUGUGCUCUUGUUUAUUCGUUUUACCACGUGUGUUUUAAAAAGUCAGACGAAUCCCAAUGUUCUUAUAGGCAAACUUAUCAACUGUAUUAAGGACCAACUAUAAUACAUACUUUUAAGGGUUGUACUUGCUAUUGUACCUUCUGUAGUUUUUAAAAUUUUGCCAUUCAUAUCUGCAUCUCUAAAAAUGAUGCAAUUUAAACUCAUCUGUUUUAUUCUCUUACUUCUUUUAGUGCUUAAGACUUAAUUUUGUCCAAUCGGAAGGAAGUUCUUAAGGCCCAUUUAUUUUAGCUAAAGCAUGCUUGUAAGCUUUAACCUUUAUUCAAAUUGAUGCAGAGUUGAAGACUGAAUAAAAUUAACCGCAGAUACCUUGUCGAAUUUCAUCAUUAAUAGUGUGUGUCUCUUGAUGAAUUAUUAUCACUAGAAUCAACA